UCGUUGUUCCUCCGUCUCGACGGCUCGCCUCCUCCCCCGCUUCGCUCCACUCUCCCAGUCCGUCCCAUCCCGCCCCGCCGGAGCACGCCGCAGCGGCGGCCGCCUGCGCCUGCGCUCGCCGCACACGAGCGGCAGAUGGACACUGUGGCUCCCCGCCUGAGCCGCUCCUCGACGCGGUACGGGCCCGUCAGCAGCAGCGCGGCCUCCUUCAGCGGGCCCGUCCGGAAGUGGCGCAAGGCCUGGGUGCCCCUCGCCGGCGCCGGCGCCGCCGGGUCCGGGGGAGGGGUGUCACGGGGUGACAACAAGGUGGUUCUGUUUAGGUGGACGCCGGUGAACGGCGGCUCGAAAGGAGGGGGAGGCGCCGCCAGCGGCAUGGAGCCGGCGGCCGCGGGCCGGCGGCGCUACGUCCCGGCUGCAGGGGAGGCAGAAAACACUAGCAAAAAGGGCAGCAGCAGCGAGCUCAACUUGAACCUCGAGCUGGAAGACCCCGAUGACGACACUGAUGCUGAUAUGAGCACAGACGAGCCACGCGGCGUGAAAGAUAGCAGCCCGCGUCCAGAAAGCCGGUUGAAGCAGAAAGCAUUUUAGCCCCCUGGGCCCUGGCAACCUAGAGAUGUGGAUCGGAGCACCAGCUUCAUCUUCCACCUUAACCCACGAGGCGGGGAUUUCGUGUAACAUAACCUAGCAUGUAGCUUGUACCAGCCAGCCCGUCCUCCUAAGCCUAUUCCAGUGUAGAAUGAUGCGUCGUCGAUGAUCCGCCCUAGUUCCCUGUGCUUGCUUGCUUGCUAUCAUUUGUCACUCAUAUAAGGAGUAAGCUAGUUGUGAACUAAACUAGUUGUGAAUCUUGUGUUGGUGUGUACUGCGACGUAGCAACGUGUUAAUGUGGAAACUCUGAUGCUGGGAGCUGCUCGACCAUGCAACGAGGUUUUUUUUUCUCUCA